AUGAAGUUCAUGAUCACAGCCGUGAUGACAGUCCUCCUCGGACAGAUCUUCCCAAGAGUCUUGGUCCAGGCGGCAACCCCUUCUGAGAAAACAGAAUGCUCCCAGAGGGAGAUGAGACUCGAGUGCCGAAACGUAACGUCGUUGCCACCCCUGGAAGGAUAUGAAACCCUUUUCGUCGAGGACUCCAAACUGGCUCGCCUGGUGAAGGAAGAACUGAAUUCAACUACGUUGAAGACGGUGACCUUCGCGCGGAACCAAAUCGAAGAACUAGGUGAUGGAGCGUUUCAAUUCUUCACCAACCUCGCGUCUCUUCAUCUUCAAGCUAAUGUCAUAUCUUCCCCUAUCACAUGGUGUACGUUCAACGGUCUCGACAAACUCAUCGAGCUCCGCCUGGAGAACCAACAAAUCAGCAUGGAUUCCUUCUGCCAAUGCCAAACGACCGCGAAUGAAGACGUCCCUUUUCGUUCCUCUCCCUGUGGGGGACUCACCGUUCUGCAGAAACUGGAAGUCUUAUCUCUGAAUCAUAAUCCCAUUAAGUCCCUGUCUGACGACGUAUUUCUGCCUCUUAAUAAGAGUCAGGUCAGAGUUCUGAACUUGGAUAACUGCGAGCUGCAGCAAAUUUAUGACGGCACCUUUGCCCCGCUGGGUCAACUCAAUGAAUUCACCAUGAGGAACAACAAAGGGCUUAACAUGACCGUCGUGGCCAAGAUCAGCUCCAGGUUGUCAAAUCUCACCCUGGCUGGAAACGACUUCGGUACGAUCCCAAAAGGAUCGUUUCCUAAGUUGUCAGAUUUACAACGUCUGGACCUCAGUAAUUGCAAUCUGAAAUCGAUCGAGAACGGAGCCUUCUCCACUUUGACAUCCCUGAAAUAUAUGGACCUGUCUAUGAACAAACUGGAGAUCGGUUCCGACGCGAUUUUCGCGGGUCUCAAAACUUUGGACUCCCUAUACCUUCGCAACAACACGAUCAGAUUCGAAGGUGCCAAGUCGCCUUUCAAAGACCUCAAUGGACUCAAAACUCUGGAUUUAAGCGGGAACCUCAUCACACUCCUGUCCUACAAUCUUUUGAUGGGUAUGGAUAGUUUGCAAAAUCUGCUCUUGACAGGUAACAAUAUCCGAGCCUGGAACUCGGCCGUCCUGGGAGCUAAGGCUUCUCUGGAAAUCCUCAGGCUGGGCCAAAAUGACUUGUCAGAGGUCACAAAGGUCAUGCUGACUGACUUGAAGAAAGUUAAGAAAAUGGAUCUCUCUGAGAACAAGUUCCAGUGCAACUGUCAGAUCUACGAUUUCUACGGGUGGGCAGCGGAAAACAGCGGUAAACUGGAGCUUUGGCAAAAUGAUACCUAUAAGUGCCAGGGCACCAACGACACCUUGCAUUCCCUACGUGAUGAAGGGGAGAAGCUGCUCUCACACUGCCGGGGAGGGCAAGGCAACACUGACGAUGGUGGAUUUUCAACCGGUGCAUCCUCCGGAUUGGGUGUUGGCAUCUUCUUCUUGGUCUGCCUCUGUGUUGGCUGCUGCUACUAUAAAAAAAGGAGGAGGAGGAGAAUUAUAGCGACUACUACAGUGUUAUCCCCACCACCGGCCAGCAACAACAUCAACAUCAACAUUGAGAACAGCAGCAAUGCAGGCAGUGGGCACAUGUGA